AGCUGGUACGGAACCGGAAGCAGCGUGCAGUUUCACGGUUAGACGGAGCGAUAGAGAAUAAAUCCGGCAAAAAUGCUGAGAAUCACCAUUCGGGCCGAUCUAAGUACUAUUUGGGUCUUGUUUUGGAUCACAUAUUCUCAGUUUUUGACCGCGUCCUCUGAUGAAAUAGUGGUUGCAUGUGGGGGGUUUGUGAAAUCCGACGUUGAAAUCGAUUACUCAUUGAUCGAGAUUAAACUCUACACCAAACAAGGCUCCUUGAAAUAUCACACCGAUUGUGCACCAAAUAAUGGCUACUUUACGAUACCUCUUUAUGACAAGGGCGAUUUUGUUUUGAAAAUUGAACCGCCGCUUGGGUGGAGUUUUGAGCCUACCAGUGUGGACCUCCAUGUCGAUGGCGUCACUGACAUAUGUAAAAAAGAAGAAGACAUCAACUUCGUUUUCACUGGUUUUUCAAUCACGGGAAUGGUUUUGAGUAAAGGCCAUCUGCUUGGUCCAACUGGAGUAGAAGUUAAAUUGAGCAGAGCUGGAACUGAUGAGAAACCCCAGACUGCUAUCACCCAGCCUGGAGGAGCGUAUAACUUUCACAAAGUUCUCCCUGGUACAUAUGACAUCGUUGCUUCCCAUCCUUCCUGGAUUCUGGAGAAGAGUUCCACAACGGUGCACAUCUCCACUGCCAAUGCGCCGGCCGCUGACGAUCUGGUGGUCGGCGGCUACGACGUCUCGGGCGAAGUCCGCAGUGACGGGGAGCCCAUGAAAGAUGUCACCUUCCUGCUUUACUCGGCCAUAGUCAAAAGAGAGAAUGUGAAAGGCUGCAACUUUUCUCCAGUGGAGGGUGCAGACUCUGGGGACAGCUCCCUCAUCUACCUGUGUAGUGCCAUCUCCAGGGAGGAUGGUACUUUUAUCUUCCCCUCACUAUCUAGUGGGGACUACACCGUGGUGCCCUUUUACAGAGGGGACCGGAUCACUUUUGAUGUUGCACCUUCCAGAAUGAAUUUCAAGGUGGAGCACAACAGUUUGACACUUGAGCCCAUCUUUCGUGUCAUGGGUUUUUCUGUGACUGGUCGGGUCCUGAAUAGUGUUGAUGGGGAAGGUGUAGUUAAUGCCGCAGUUUCCAUCAACAAUCAGAUUAAAGUUGUCAGCAAAGAGGAUGGUUCUUACAGGCUGGAGAACAUGACAGCCGGUACUUACACCAUUCGUGUCCACAAGGAUCUCAUGUUCUUUGAGCCAGUAACGGUGAAAAUUGCCCCCAACACGCCACAACUUCCUGACAUCAUCACAGCGGGGUUCAGCGUUUGUGGAAUGAUCUCCAUCAGCCGCCUGCCCGAGGGCAUGAAGCAAGGUCGCUACAAGGUCACCCUGACACACCAGGGCCAAGAUAAGACCUCAGGCCGGACCACCGACUCAGACACCCAGGGAGCCUUCUGCUUUCAGGCGAAACCUGGAGACUACAGUGUCCAAGUGUCUCUCCCUGAGGUUGAUGUAAAAGCGGGCCUGGCCCUGCAGCCUCAGGCUCUGGAGUUCGCAGUAGUGGACCAGCCCCUCACAGACCUGCUUUUUACCCAAUUUAUGGCAUCUGUCUCUGGAAAGGUCUACUGUUUAGCAUCUUGUGAUGACCUGUCAGUGACACUCCAACCAGUAAGCCGCCAAGGAGAGAGAAGGACGAUGCCAUUGACAGGAAGCAGUGACAUCCUCAGCUUCUCUUUUGACAAUGUUCUACCUGGGAAAUAUAAAGUAAGCAUCUCUCACGAGGAAUGGUGUUGGAAACAUAAAUCCAUGGAAGUCGAGGUUGUGGACGCUGACAUCUUGGGGGCGGAGUUCCGACAGAUUGGCUACAUCCUACGCUGCUCCCUCUCCCAUGCCAUCACUUUGGAGUUCUUUCAGGAUGGCAGCAAACCUGAGAAUGUGGGCAUUUACAAUCUCUCCAAGGGAGUCAACCGUUUUUGCCUCUCCAAACCCGGCGUGUACAAAGUCACCCCCCGCUCCUGCCACCAGUUUGAGCAAGAUUUUUACAUCUACGAUACCUCAGCACCCAGCAUCCUGACUCUUACCGCAGUGCGCCAUCACAUGACCGGACUCAUCACCACCGACAAGAUCCUCGAUGUCACAGUCACCAUCAAAUCAUCCAUUGAAAGUGAGCCAGCCCUAGUUCUUGGGCCCCUGCGGAGUCUGGAGGAGCAGUGGCAAGAGCAGCAGCUGCAGGAGAUACAGUUGCGACGCCAAGAACGAGAACGGCGAGCCGCUGAAGAGGAAGGGCCUGCCAAGGAUGAUAGUCCUCCCAUACAAGAAAAGGCUGAUGAGCUGACAGGCCCCUUCCAUUAUGAGUUCUCCUACUGGGCCAGGGCUGGAGAAAAAAUUACGGUGACUCCCUCCUCCAAGGAGCUGCUCUUUUAUCCCCCUGAAGUAGAGGCCACCAUCACAGGAGAGUCAUGUCCUGGUCGCAUGGUGGACAUCAUAGGCCGCGCAGGGCUCUUCCUAGAGGGCAAAGUGUCACCGGAGCUGCAAGGUGUGGAGAUAUCCAUCAGUGAAAAAGAUGCUGCUGCACCCCUCAUCACUGUGGCCACCAAUGAGAAUGGGGCAUACAGUGUGGGUCCACUCCACAGCGACAGGCAGUAUGACAUCAGUGCCAGUAAAGAGGGUUUUGUUCUGAGUCCCGUGGAGGGAACCCAGGGAGAUUUCAAGGCUUUUGCGCUGGCUGGAAUCACAUUCAAGAUAAAGUCAGAGGACGGCGAUCCGCUGUCAGGAGUCCUCCUGUCGCUAAGUGGCGGCCAAUUUCGCUCCAACCUCUUGACACAGGACACCGGCCUCCUCACAUUCAAUAACCUGAGUCCAGGUAAGUACUACUUCAAGCCCAUGAUGAAAGAAUACCGCUUUGAGCCGACAUCCCAGAUGAUAACUGUGGAAGAGGGUCAAAUCCUCAGCAUCGAUAUAAUUGGAAUCAAGACUGCGUAUAGCUGCUACGGAGCAGUGCAGUCUUUGAGUGGUGAUGCGGAGAGAGACGUUGCUGUGGAAGCGGUGGGUCAAGGAGAAUGUAGCCUCUACAGCGAGGACACCGUCACUGAUGAGGAAGGUCGCUUCAGACUUCGAGGUCUGCUGCCUGGUUGCAAGUACCUGAUUCAGCUGCGAGCUGAAGGAAACGACCACAUAGAGAGAGCUUUACCACAACAAAGAGCUAUCGAGGUUGGCAGCAGUGACGUUGAGGGAGUCAACAUUAUUGCCUUCCGACAAAUCAACCAGUUUGACCUAAGUGGGAAUGUCAUUACAUCUCCAGAACAUCUUGCAACUUUAUCGGUAAAGCUAUACAGGAGUGACAACUUGGACAACCCGCUCCACAGUGUUUCAUUGGGACAGUCACUCUUCUUCCAUUUCCCCCCACUGGACCGAGAUGGAGAGGGCUACAUUCUGAUGCUGUAUUCCACACUGUCCCGCGCACAGUAUGACUUCACUCUACCUCAUGUCUCCUUUACUUCCACUGGUUACCACAAGCACAUCACCCUCACCUUCAACCCAACACGCAAAGUGCCUGACCAAGAUGUCGCCCAAGGCUCCUACAUUGCUCUUCCUCUCACUCUGCUACUCUUGUUAGCAGCAUACAACCAUGAAAAGGUCAUCCCCUUCCUCUUGCAGCUGAUGAAUCGUGUUCAAGGUGUCAGGAGCAUGGCCCAAGCCAGCGGCGACAGCGCUGCCUUGGACGAAGCCAAACGUCAGGCCAAGAGGCAGAAGGCCCGACGGACAUAAAACCCAGUGCCCUCAUGGCCACUACUUGUGAAGUCAGUUUGGGUGCACUAAAUCUUCAUCUAAUGGUGAAGAUCAAGUUCCCAUCGAUGCAUUCAACUCUUUGACAUGUUAGUGAAUUAUCUAGGUUAAUGUGAUUUAUUUAAAAGAAGCCCAAAAAGAAAUCACCCAUAUUAAUUGCUCAAAUUCACUGGAGUAUUUUUUUUUUCCCAAUUCAUUGUUUUACACAUUUGUGAUUAAUUGAAUUACAUGUAAUUAAGGUCAACUCAAAUUCAUUUUCUGCUAUUUAAAAACACUUUAUUAUGUAUUGUCUGCCAGAAUUGGCGAAACUAAGUUUCUUAAGAACUUGAGUAUGUCAUGUGAGAGCUUAGACCACAAAAUUCUCCCUUACUAUUUUUGUAACACAAGCCACAAAAUACUCUUUCUAUUCAGUGAGCGGCUUCUUGCAAAGGGAAUUUUUUGAAAACUUUCCACGAGACAUUUUACUCUGGAGAAGUGAAACUAUUCAAUUGGAAACACUCUUGUUAAAUGGAAAUGCCAUUAACAUUCCUUCGUCAAACCGUACGUUUUCAACACACCAAAUUGGUCGGUAAUUUGUAAAAAUAAUUAUGGCAAUAAUAAUAAUAAUAAUGAAAUUGACCAAAUUUGAAUAGAGUUUUCCGCCCAAUUGUAACAAUAUACAAACACAAUGACAAUUUAGUGUUUUUGCAUGCUGUCAUGCAAUACAAAUGAAUCUGAUUUCUUCCACUUACUAAUUUUUCAUGUAACUAUUUAGCUGCUGUUUGUAUUUAUUUGCUUUGCCUGUGUUCAAUUCAAUCGAUUUACAUAUAGAUACCACAGUAUUGCAAGUACUGCAAAUAUACACUGUGAAAGUAUCUAACUUUGAAAAUUCUGGAAAUUAGCAAACCGAGUGAGUGGCAAGUGAAAACUUGCAUGUUCAUAAAACUUGUCCGGUGGCCCCUUAUCGUCACAAAUAGGAGACAUUACAGUUUUGACAGAAAUAUUCUGUACUCUGUUUAACUGUCAGGCAAUUCAGACACACUUAUUUUGUUUGGGUAAUGAAGAUGCAGAUAGUAGCUUUCUGUGUGAAUUUUUUUUUUUUGGGGGGGGGGGGGGGGGGGUCGGGUGGGUAGUGCUUGGAAUUAACUGGGACUGAGAUUUUAAUAAUUUAUUAAUAUGACUGAUUAAAUGUGACUGUGUUCUCUGUUAGUGUAAAUCAAGCUUCUUGAGCUAUGGUGAGAUCGAGAACCCUCAACAGUAAAUUCAUAGCUCUGGUCAUAAAUUUGAAUAAAAAAUACUUCAAAUUUAAUGUUUAUCUUACUAGUGAAAAGUCGUGAUUGAUUUUUCUCACUCAAGUAGUACCUGUUGAUAGCCAAUUGAAAAAGCCCAAACUUGAAAUUGUAUCGAAUUGUGGAACUGUAUUCUCAAGAAUAUAAUGAUGAUUUGAUGAUUGGACUGAAGAAAUAUGGUAGAUGGGGUCAAAUUGUCAACCAGUUUGUAUUUGUUCUUUUUAUAUUUAUUAUAAAAUUGAACUGGAAGAAAAUUUACUUGGCUGUUUUAUGUUGUUGCCUCCAGGGGGCGAUGUAAUCCUAGUCACACUUGUGUGGGUGACAAAAUAUUGUACACAUUACAACCAGCCUCACUUUUACCAACACUAUUUUAAAAGAUAAAUGGCUUUUUGGUUCAAUUAGAGCAUAAAUAUACUUUAAAAGGCUAUAGAAAAUACUUUGCGGUGUUACUGUACUUUCAUCUGAACGAAAUGUGUAAAUAUGACAAACAAAUUAUGUGCA